AUGUCAACAAUCACCAGGUUUGCGUGUACUGCCACGACUAUUUUUGGGCUGGUUUUCGGCACCUCAAUCAGCCAAGCGGAGGAUGACACGCGGCUGAUCCGAAAGGCCAACAAAAUCGCCCGCUCGGCACUCAUCGUGGACACCCAUAUCGAUGUGCCGUAUCGCAUUCACGAAUCCUGGGAAGACGUUACAGACGCAACGGAAAACGGCGAUUUUGAUCUGCCACGAGCGCAGGCAGGCGGACUCAAUGUGCCCUUCAUGUCGAUCUACAUACCCGCUCGUUACGAGCAAGAUGGUGGCGGAUGGCAGCUGGCAAACGAACUCAUUGACGGAAUGGAAGCACUGGUGGCACGAGCGCCUGACAGCUUUGCCAUGGCCCACACGACCAGGGAUGUGAAGCGCCACAAGAAGCGUCGCAAAAUUUCGCUGGCCUUGGGCAUGGAGAACGGCACACCAAUUGAGGGAAAGCUCGAGAACGUGCAGUAUUUUUUCGAGCGCGGCAUUCGCUACAUCACGCUCGCGCACUCAAAAUCCAAUCACAUCUCUGAUUCGUCCUACGAUGAGAAUCGCCAGUGGAACGGGCUUAGUGACUUCGGGAAGGAGCUUAUCGUCGAAAUGAACAAGGUCGGCAUCAUGGUCGACGUCUCGCAUCUGUCAGAUGACGCCUUUGACGAUGUCAUCGCCAUAACUAAGACGCCUGUCAUCGCCUCGCAUUCGUCUGCGCGACACUUUACGCCCGACUGGGAACGCAAUAUGGGUGACGAAUCGAUUGAGAAGCUGGCCAAAAAUGGCGGCGUACUGCAGAUCAAUUUCGGCAGUACAUUUCUUACUGAACAAGCCAAUGCCUGGUCACAGGCGCGUGGCAAAGCCCGUAAGGCAUUUCAGGAGGCAAUGGGGCUUGCUGAAGAUGACCCGAAGAUUACCGAGUGGGGAGAACAAUAUCGUGAGCAGAACCCGUAUCCCUUCGCCAACCUCGAACAGACCCUAGAUCACUUUGAUCACGUCGUGAAACUCGUCGGCAUCGACCACGUGGGCAUUGGGUCGGACUACGAUGGCGUUGGUGAUUCGCUGCCUGCCGACCUGAAGGAUGUAUCGCAAUACCCCAACCUGAUCAUGGGUUUGCUUCAGCGGGGAUAUUCCGAGCGCGAUAUCAAGAAGGUGCUCGGCGAGAACCUGAUGCGAGUCUGGAAAGCCAGCGAGGUUUACGCCGCCAAGCACUAA